AGGUUUAUGAUCAGCUCCAUGGUUUCUAUAUAUAUAUUUGAACGCUACAUUCUCUUUAAAGAAAGAUUGUGUUGGGCCGGCAGAGGAUGGCUAGAGAUGAGUAAAACUUCUAUUCAACAUAUCUUUUCAUAGCGUCACAUGACAGAUUCUUUUAACAAUAGGCUUCUGUUUUAAAAUUUCCCAAGUUUCCUAUUGUUUUUUUUUAGUCAAAUAUAGUGGCUUGGAAACAGAUGGAUAACUGACUACAACAGUAGCUUGUACUACUAAAGUUUAGGUGUAAUUUUCUAGUCGUCUAUUUAUUUUGCAUACAUCUUAAGGUGGUAAAACGGGAUUUGUUACACGUGUGAAUAAAUAAAUGUAAUUUGCUAUAUCAAUCUAUAGACUACUCUUUAUAAACCAUAUAAACACACCUAUUUUGCCACUUUUCCCCGGACUAUAUUAGUAGCCUAUAUUCUGGUAAUGUUGACUGGAUGGACCAGCACCAGCCUGGUUUGACUAUGGGCACACUUGGCACAUUUUCCAAUAUGAAACAAAUUUAAACGUGAUUUAAUAAUUAACCCCGGCUGGGACAUAGUGUCCAAAGAUGAAGAAACACCCAGUUACAGUUACAUAAUCAAUUCAAUUGAAUUAACUCGUUUAAUGAACUGUUGUAUAAAAGCAAUGUCAUAUCUAUAUAUACAUACUUUAUAUGAGCCAGCCAGGCUGAUGUUCAGACCUGCAUUCUUUGGUCAUGUGUCGCUGGGUAAACCCAUGGGUUAUGAUUGUGAUUGACAGGAUAACGUUGCAGCCCUCUACAUUCUUUAACACCACAGGAAUGCUUUCUCUUUGUUGUUAAGCAGCUCUUCAGGUAAAUCCUGACUCCCUUCUUUGAGAAGGACAGAAUGAUCAGUGAAACAUUGUUUCUCCACACUCAGUAAGCUUUGGCUGACGAGAAAGACAAGACGUGCAAAGACAAGAUACUCUCUUUAUUUUCAAAGAUGCCAAAACCCGCUGAUGAGAUGCCAACCGUGCCAGUUCACCAGCGAGGGCAGUAUGACGUCUCCAGCUUCCUGAAGGUCAAGCCACUGGCUCUGGGGAUAUUGGAACUAUUGCUAGCCUUACUGGGACUCUGUUUGACAAUCUGGAAUGUCCAUUUUUCUCUUCUCUGGUCACCAAUCAGCUUCAUUUUAACUGGAGUAUUGACAGUCUCGGCAGCAAGAACAUGUAAACCAUGUCUGGUCAAAUCCUCACAAAUGCUCAGCUGUUUCAAUACGGCAGCAGCUGCUGUGUCUCUACGCUUUCAUUUUUAUUACAGUUGGGGUGUGAUCUGUUUUCUCCUGAUGGCCUGUGAUACUCUCAUCCUCAUCUUCUCUGUCACUGUUGCUUUGUCCUUCUGUUGCUGCUGCUGCAGACCAAAGUCAAGACGUGUCGAGAUCAGUUACAUGAACGCAGAUUUGCCUGUCAACCAUGUUGUGUUCAUGGGCCAGCCGGACCCGUCUGCAGUGGUACAGUCCUUUAGUUCAGUCAUGUAUGUGCUGCCUGCACCUGCACCUCUGCCAAACUACAGUCCGGUCCUAGAUAUACCUCCACCAGCCUACGACCAGAUCUCAGCUGCACCUCCACCAAACUACAGUUCAGUCCCAAGCGCUCCUCCACCAGCAUAUGAGUAUGAAGAUUUACAGACCAGAAGAUGAACCGGAUCUCAGUCGGUGUUUACACAUUGGAUCAUGGGAGAUGGAAAACCAAAAAAUAUUUGUAUAAAUGUGUAAAUAAUUUAUAAAUAAUAUUACGAUGAAACAAAUAAAUUAUUUUUGAAAAUCAAA